CCGUCAGCAGCUACGUCAAAGCGAAAGAGAAAGGAAGAGCCAUAGUUUGGAUGGUGCGGUUAAUAGGACCAGAUUCAUUCAUGUCGCGCUCCUGAACGCUAACCUGAAGGGGUCGCCGCCGCCGGGCUUGUGGUUGUUGGGCUCUUUAAAAUCCCACUUGUCUUCAUUUCAUCCUCACCAUUAUUAUUAGCAAAAAGAGUGAUAAAAGUCCAAGUCUCUUACAAGUUACUGUAAAUUAGUAUUGAAGACACAAUGCCAGAACAAGAUCAAGAACAAGACACUAUAAUGUGUUGUCAAUCUCCCAGUAUUCCACUUCUCACCCCGUACAAGAUGGGGAAGUUCAAUCUUUCUCAUAGGGUUGUCCUAGCACCAUUAACCAGGCAGAGAUCCUACCACAAUAUUCCUCAGCCACAUGCCAUUUUAUAUUAUUCCCAAAGAUCCACCAAAGGAGGUCUUCUUAUAUCUGAAGCAACCGGAGUUUCUGACACUGCUCAAGGGUAUCCUGAUACUCCUGGUAUCUGGACCAAAGAACAAGUUGAGGCAUGGAAACCAAUUGUAGAUGCUGUUCAUGCCAAAGGCGGCAUCUUCUUUUGUCAAAUUUGGCAUGUUGGAAGAAUUUCAAAUUCAGGUUUUCAGCCAAAUGGGCAGGCUCCAAUCUCUUCAACAGACAAAGGUUUGACCCCUCAAAUUCGAGGUAAUGGCUUUGGUGUUGCACAGUUCACACCUCCAAGGCGACUAAGAACAGAUGAAAUUCCUCAUAUCGUGAAUGAUUUUAGACUUGCUGCAAGAAACGCCAUAGAAGCUGGUUUUGAUGGAGUUGAGAUCCAUGGGGCUCAUGGUUAUCUUAUUGACCAGUUUUUGAAAGAUCAGGUGAAUGAUCGGACAGAUCAAUAUGGUGGAUCUCUAGAGAACCGCUGCCGUUUUGCUUUGGAAAUAGUUGAAGCUGUAUCUAAUGAAAUAGGGGCAGACAAAGUUGGAAUCAGAUUAUCUCCAUUUGCAAACUAUGGGGAAGCAGGAGAUUCAAAUCCUAAAGCUUUAGGACUUUACAUGGCGGAAUCCUUGAACAAAUAUGGGAUUGUUUACUGCCACAUGGUUGAGCCAAGAAUGAAAACAGUUGGAGAAAAAUUUGAAAGCAAAGAAAGUCUUCUGCCCAUGAGAAAAGCUUUUAAAGGUACUUUCAUUGCUGCUGGAGGUUAUGAAAGGGAUGAUGGAAACAAAGCUAUAGAAGAAAACCGUGCAGAUCUUAUCGCUUAUGGACGGAAUUUCCUAGCAAAUCCAGAUUUACCAAAGAGAUUUGAACUUAAUGCUCCUCUCAACAAGUACAAUAGAGCAACAUUUUACAUAUCUGAUCCUGUGAUUGGUUAUACUGAUUAUCCAUUUCUUGAAUCCAUUGCUUGAGUUUGUUCUUGCGGGAGAAUUAGAGCUUGUAUGGUUUUAUUAUCCAUCCUUUAUGAGCUCUACUUUUCUAAUAGAGGAGAGUUCACACGUGGGAUGUUGAAUUAUAUAUUUUCAUACAUAAAUGGAGAUGAAUAAUAUAUAACAUACCUUAAAUUUGUGUAAAGAAAUCAAAGUUGAAUUGUUAUCA